AUGACUCUCUAUACACAGAACAUUUCCUUGUCGUACAAAUCGUUAAAUGAAUCGUUCAUCAUUUUGUGUGGCCCCCCAGCAGUUCCUCUUAAUGCUAAGGUUAAAACAGUGUCAGGUGAUUUAGGUAUUUAUGAAGCAUCGUAUGAAUGUGACUCGGGCUAUGAACUGUUCGGUCCCAGCACAACGAAAUGUGAUCCAAAAAGUGGAUGGGAAAAGGAUUUGCCAUUUUGCGGCACAAACGUAGCUUACCGGAAACCGGUAAAUCAGUCAUCCGCAACAAGAAUAGGUCCAGCAAAUUUUGCAAACGACGGAAAGCCGGGCAACCAAAAUCCGGAUGGACAAGAAUGUUCUGAAACGCAAAAGGAACCGUCACCGUGGUGGCGAGUGGAUCUACUUCAUCCGCAAACAGUUCGUGUUGUUCGCAUCACUACACGAGGCUGUUGCGGUCAUCAGCCAAUACAAGAUUUAGAGAUAAGAGUGGGUAACAGCAGUACUGACCUUCAGCGUAAUCCACUGUGUGCUUGGUUUCCCGGAACGAUGGAUGAAGGUGUCACAAGAACAUUUGCUUGCGCUCGUCCCUUGAUUGGACAGUUUGUUGCGAUCCAGUUGGUUGGAGUGGAAGGAAGUCUCAGUCUUUGUGAAGUUGAAGUGUUUUCGAAUGACGAAUUUUCACCGGAACGAUGUGCAGCGCCAGAUUUAAAUGCAGAUACAGUGCUGGCCACAUUUUCACGGACAUGUUACGAAUUCCAUGUGACGCGAGGUGAAAAUUUCGAUAAAGCGCGUCAGAUAUGCCAAUCGCACGGCGGAGACUUGAUGCAUGACUUUCGUGGACCAUCGCAGGACUAUGUUUUAUCCGAACUUGAUCGACGAAAAGGCGAACUGAGAACGCAAUUAGUUUGGAUUGGUGCCCAAAAGGAACCGGGAUACACAUCGCGAGUAUGGAAAUGGGUAAACGGAAAAGAAGUCGUGAAACCAGCGUGGGGAAAGGAUCAACCCAACAAUUAUAACGGAGAACAAAAUUGUGUUGUUCUUGACGGUGGACGAAAUUGGUUGUGGAAUGACGUCGGUUGUAAUCUGGACUAUUUACAUUUUGUCUGUCAACAUGAACCUCUAUCGUGUGGCUCCCCCGAUUCGCUUCAGAACACCACCGUUGUAGGACGAAAUUUUACCGUUGGAAAUAUGAUCGAAUAUAAAUGUCCUAAGGGACAUGCUCUGGUCGGUAAUGCAACAAGAAAAUGCGAAAAAACUGGAAUGUGGAGCGAUCUCGCUCCCACCUGUAAAUACAUUGAUUGCAAUGCAUUACCACCGUUGGAACAUGGCAGCAUUUUCUUAUCGGAAAAACGAACCACUUAUGGCGUUCAAGCCACGUACACUUGUCACGAAAACUAUACGCUAAUCGGCAACGAAAACCGUACAUGUCAAAUCGACGGUUGGACCGGAAAGCAGCCUCAAUGUUUGAUCGAUUGGUGUCCCGAUCCACCACAUGUUCCCGGCUCAACUGUACAAGUGAAUGGGAAACGAGCCGGUUCAACUGCUGUGUACGAUUGCGAAAAGGGCUUUGUUCUGAGUGGCGAACCGGUGUUGUCGUGUGGACUUGGCGGAGAAUGGACUAAGCCACCGAAUUGUCGAUUUGUUGACUGUGGUUCACCGGCCAGACCGGAUCGAGGAAAUGCUAAAUUGUUAAACGAUUCAACGACUGUGGGCUCUGUGGUCAAAUAUCAGUGUGACGAAGAUUAUUGGCUGGUUGGACCUGCUGAGUUGACAUGUACGAAAGAGGGCAAAUGGUCUGGAGAUCCUCCAGUUUGUGAACUAAUCACUUGUGACACUCCACACGUACCACCUGGCUCCUUCGUAGUCGGCUACGAUUACAACGUUCAUUCAACAAUUGAAUACCAUUGCGAUCCCGGACACAUAUUACGCGGAGAGAGUCUACUCAAAUGCAUGGAAAAUGGCGAAUGGAGCGGUGAUGGUUUUCCGUUCUGCGAAUACAUAGACUGUGGUGCACUCCAGCCCAUACCAUACGGCACCUUCAAAUACUUACAGAACACAACGUAUAUCGGCUCAGAAGCCGUGUUCACGUGUUCAAAUUCCCACAAACUAAAUGGCCCGUCAAAACGAACCUGCUUAGAGUCGGGAAUGUGGAGCGAUGUAACACCGAAAUGUGAGGAGAUACGGUGCACUGAGCCGAUAUUAGCUCCACACAGUAUUUUGUCUGUGACAGGUAAUGAUCGCAUGUACGGUCGUACGUUGAUCAGAACGUCGGAUUCUAGUCAGAACAGUGUGCAAACGUACAAAAUCGGUGCACUUGCGAAGUAUCGCUGUGAACGCGGCUAUAAGAUUGUUGGUGAACCAUUGGUUACGUGUGAAGAGACUGGAUUUUGGAGUGGCGGAGUGGUGCCUGAAUGUGUCUACGUUGAUUGUAAGAAUCCACCUUCGAUUGCCAACGGAAAAGUUACGCUAGCCACAAACGCUACGUAUUAUGGCGCAGCCGCAUUGUACGAAUGCAAUCUGAACUACAAGUUAGAUGGUGUAUCAAGACGACUUUGCGCUGAAGAUGGUACUUGGGGACACGAGAUGCCUGCUUGCAGAGAAAUUACCUGUUCCGAACCGGAUGUGACGGAGAAUAUGAUCGUUGAUUCUGGUACUCGUACCGUUGGUGCCGUUGCUAGAUUCAGUUGCCCAAAGGGUCGAUUCAUUGUUGGAAAUGACACUAGACAAUGUCUGAAAAAUGGUCAAUGGAGUGGAAAGACGGCCGUGUGUAAAUCGGUUGACUGUGGCCGUCCAUCGCAAAUCGAAAAUGGUCGGGUAAUUGUGGUGAACGAAUCGACAAUUUACGGUGGAUCGGCUGAGUAUCAUUGCGUGCCGAAUUUCAAUCGCAUCGGUCCGUAUUUGAGAAAGUGCUUGGAAGACGGUAAAUGGAGCGGUGCCGAGGUGCGGUGUGAAUUGUCGGCCAAUGAAGCGCAGGAAAGUUCCGGAUUGGGAACGGGAAUAGCCAUCGGAGCUGCCAUUAUUGUUAUUUUACUGAUUUUAAUCGGACUGUUUGUGUUGCACCGAAACAAGGCUCGGCCCGUUAAGAAUACGGAAAAUGUACAGGCAGCUGAGAGUAAGGAGGAUCAAAAUGCUGCCGUUAUGUCCUAUUCAGGACUGCAGAAUAGUCGACGUGAUUUAGAUAUUCCGCAGACAAGACCAACAUUUAACACAUUCCAGACGCCGCAGCAAAACGGGGCAGCUGUUAGAUCAACAGAAAACAUCUACGAUCAAAUACCCAGUGACUCAUACUACGAUGCUCCAUAUGAGAUGCGAUCGAACGAUGACGUUUAUGAGCCGGAACCAUCCGGCAAUGUCAUUACUAUAAAUGGUAUUGCUAUGAUCCGAUGAGAUCGACAGACUGCUUGAGUUGCAUGUCUUCAAUAUUAUGCGAGGACAGAUGGGCCACCUUACAGAGAUUUUUUUUUGUUAAAUUUUUUUUUACACAAGAACUGCGGAUUAGAGUUAAAUAAAAUUGUAAAACGAAAAGGGAAUGUAGGCGAAAGACUUGAAAUGAAAUUUCAUUGUAGGAUUUUGUGUUAGUGAUGGGCAAUGGAUUUAGGAAACAGUCGAUGGGACAGAAAAUUUUGCAUUUCUUACACAUUAUAUGCAACAGAGCUCUGAAAACAAGAUCUGAUUUCGUCCGCAUUCAUUGUUUCCUAGCUCUUUAUUGUCGAAAAUAUAUUACGUGUACGACGUACAUAUACACCCUAGGGAUAUUUUGUAUAUAAUUCAAUUUUCAUGUGCUACACACAACUCGUAAGUAUGAAUAACGUAGAUUUGGAAAUUAUCUUUUUUUUUAAUUUGUAACUUUGUCUGAUUCAGAAAUCAGGUGUAUUUGUUAACCAUAUUUUGAUUAAAAAUAAAUUAUUUUAAA